AUGCCGCCCUCGCGCGCGCCGUUAACUGGGACCUUCUCCGUCUCGGACGAGAAUCAUGUCGUCGUCUGCCCCCUUCGCAACCACGAUGCCUCGGCGUGCCGGAAGCGCUGCACUGGUGAGAAGAGGUUUAGAUCUAUGCAGGAGCACAUCCGCCGUGCACAUCCGGAAUACUACAUAGCCAAGUUGCCGGCGACAGAAGAGUCAUUCACCUUGAUGGUCAAUACUCCGCCACAAGAGCGCCCUCCUCCACCUCCACUCGCGACGAGCUCGGCAAACGCACAAGGUUGGUCGCCACCCCCCUCGGCAGCGGCAUUCGCUCACAAUGGCAAAGGGUACGGAGGCGAGGAGCUCAAUGCCUUCUUCGAGGGCGACUACAGCCUGAAUGGUCCUCGCACAUCCGACGAACUACGAAGACCUAGCUUGCUGCCAGCUGCUACCGCUGCCGCGGCUCUCGCAUCGUUACACAACCACCGCGCCGAAUAUGACUGGGAUUCAGAUCCGGAUGCGCCGUCGGAGCCAGAGUCGAAGAGCUACAGACCCCGCGCACGAUUCGCCCCUACCCCCAUCGAACAGCAUGUAUCGACCGAAGAACCCUACUACACAUCUACGUCGAUACACCGCGAACUGCUACCGUCGUCGCUCGCGCAAUCGCCCCCCGGACGCUCCUCCACGCUGCCACCAGGUCGCUCUGUAAAGCCAAACAGACCCCGCAAAUCGUCAGUAGGGCAGAAUGCUCGCAAGGGAAAGCACGAGCGGCAGAAAUCAAAGGACCAUAACCGUAGAAUGAGCUAUGAUAGGAAAGCAUUCUCUGCCGAGCCGGCAACCGCUGCAGCCAUCAUGGGCAAGCGAUGGGAAGACCUAAUCGAUGCCGCAGCUUCAGCAACCGAGGAAGAUAGUCGAGACCUCACUCCGGUUCCGCAAUCACCCCACCAAUCCCCGCAUAUGAUGAACAGCCGGACGUCUCUCCCGCCCUUUUUUGCUUCACAACUCCAGUCGUACACUGCGUCGCCGCUGCAAAACACCUUGACACCUCCGCCGCCGGACAUGUCCGAGCUACAGCCCUUUCCCUCGGUUGAAUCUUCCAUCGAGUCGGCAGUGUCUGGCCAAAACUUCCACAUGCCUACCCACGGCCUCUCGGACUCGUCUCCGACGUUUCCAUUUCCCGUGCAAAUCUACUGCGCCGCUUGUCGAAAGCUAUCCAUUCUCAGAGACAGCUAUGCUUGCACCGAGUGUGUCUGCGGAUUAUGUCAGGACUGCGUGGAUGUUUUGAUCAGCGAACACACUCGAGGCAGAACACCGAGAUGCCCCCGGUGUAAUGCCAUUGGCGGCAAGUUCAAGCCUUUUCAGCUAGACAUCAGAUGA